AUGAGAUUAACAUUGGCUAAUGUAUGCAGUAAUCCUGAUGACAUGCUUGGAUCUGUCACAAGAGGAACUUUUAGCCUACCUUCAGCGACUAAUCAGUAUUUUUCUAAGAUGUUCCCGGAGCCUGAUUACUCCUUUUUAUACUUCUUUGGAUAUGCUACUGUUGCUUCUGUUUCGACAGCAUUCCUGUAUAAGGCGAAUCCUGACUUGAGUAUGGUAGAGACAUAUUCUUUAGGCAUUAAUGUCUACGCUAGCACUGCUGCAGCUGAUGCCAACGCAGAUUUCGCGUAUGUUCAGAAAGAUACUUCUAACAGUAUCUACGAAAUCGAUAUUAAGAAUUAUGAUGUUACAAGGGAAAUCACAAUCCCUUCUUCAGCCAUGAGUGCUUUGGAAACAAUGGAAGUCAAUGAUUAUCUUUAUUUUACAGCAAAGUUCAGCAGCGUUGCAAACAUUUGCAGGCUCAACCUGACUGAUGGAGAUUACCAGUGCUUAAACUAUGGGCAUACAAGUAUUAGUACGUACUCAGUUAUUGGAGAUGAGUCUGUAUUUUUGGGUCUGAUGAGGCCCUCCUCUAAUGACUUCUUUCUUUUGAAUGCAAACUUCUCAGAUCCAACCCAGAUGAAUUGGUUCAAAGCAGUUCAGUGUCCAACUGGAGCAUGUUCAAGCGGAGUAUCUCGGUCAAUUGUGAGCAGAGAUGGACACUACAUUUACACAAUGAUACUUUACAGAGGAAGACAUAUCUUUCAGGCUCUUUCUGUCGCUGAUGGGGAACCCCUAAAUCUUGGCUUGAUGGAUACGAGAUCAACUCUGUCUGUCAUAUCAAUUGAAGAAUUUUCUGAAUAUGUUAUUGCCCUUGUUGAUAUUUCUUCAGCAAAUCUUAUAAGUAUCUAUCUAAUCGAUCCUGCAACCAGAAAAGUAGCUCAGCAUAGGAAUUUAAAUAUAGAAUUUUACCAAAUAUCAAGAGUUGUAUCUAAUGGAUACGAAUACCCUCUUAUUUUGGGUGGAGAUACUAAUGUCUUUAUGGCUAAAUCCGUCAUAUCAGAAAUGCUUUCCAUAAAUGGAGUAAAUCUCUAUGUUGUGACUAUCUCAAAUAUUACAUCCACAGCAUACUCAGUUGAAAAUAUCUCUUCUGUGCCAAGUCUAGUGUCAAGCACUGGAACAGCAUCAUUUGCUUUGAAUCCUUCUGCAGUGGUAUCUAACAUUACUACCUCUUUAACCCCAAGCUUGAGUUAUUCAAUAGCGUUGUGGAAGCAGACACAUGUUCAGUCAGUAAUUGGAGGAGAACUUAUCAGCCUAAACUUUACUUGGGCUUGAGCUCAUUCUUCUAAUGUUACUGCAAUUGCCUUUGCUUUAAAUGCUACCGGAACUACCCCUGUGCCUUCUUGGGUUGAAUUGGACUCGGCCAAUCAAAAAAUGUAUUUAAACAAAACUCCUGUAGAGACCACCCCUACAAUACAUAAGUUCUCGCUGAAGAUACAAUAUAGCGGAGGUACUUCUUAUAAAAAAUUUGAAAUCACAGUUCAAGAAUGAGGCUUAACGGACUGCUUAGAGUGCGACCCAUCUGAUUCUGAGAUAUGAAUCAAAUGAAUUUCCGGAUUUUCACCUUCUACAGAUGGGAAGGUAUGAGUGGAAGAUCCUCCUCCUGCUUCUCCAGCUUCUCCAGUCCCUUCUCCUUCCCAAACAUCUGAAAAGGAAGAGGAGUCUCCUGAUACCACAACAGAGCAGAGGAUGGCUCAAAGUUUGAUAGCAGCAAGCAUGAUAAUUUCUGUAGCUUCCUCCAUUUUGUCUUUAUCAUCACUGAGUGGGAUUUUCAGUAUGAUAAAUAGUCUCCAACUUUUGAUUUUACUUCCCUUGGUUCCUGAAUUUUUCUCCAAGAAGGUCAUGAGUAUACUCACAGGAGUAAGUUUCACAAUGCUGUCUUUCGACUUCAUCAAAGUCAAAGACAUCCCCUUAAUUGUAGAACUGACAGAGUGGGUGUCUUACCCUCAAUCUGAUGAAUACCUCAACGAAAUAGGCUUGAACUCAGGCUCUUCAGUGAUAAACUAUCUUUCUAUUAUGGCUAUUGCUAUUUUAAUUGGAUUUAUACACCUAUGUAUAGCAAUUGGAUACAACAAAGUGAAAGAAAAACCUCCUCAGAGUAAGAUCAGGAAAGUGAUGAAAAGAAUAUUUAUUUAUUUCACCUUUAAUGCUUACAUCAGAAUUUUCAUCGAAGGCUUUUUAUUUGUUCUGAUUUCAAUUUUUUCAGAAUUCUAUUCCCUCAAUGUGUCUACUGUUAUAACUCAGGUGUCACUAGGAUUCUGUGUGAUGUUCACAUUAUGCUCUUCUGUGUUAUUUAUUUUAUCCUUUUACCUUUAUAAGCUGUCAUUUCCAAAGAUUAAUUACCAAGAACACUGGAGCUGAACAGAGUAUUUUGAAGGAAUCAAAGAUUUCAGAUUUGCAAAGUUGUUCACUAUUCUGUAUCUAUCUCUACGUUUGUUUCUAGUGGCAAUCCUUAUUAAUGGUCGAGGGUUACAACCCAUUUGGAGGUCAGUCAGUUUUGUAACUCUUAAUGUACUGUUUGCACUAUAUUUAUGAAUUGUAAGACCAUUCGAACAAACUAAGGAUAGCAUCAUUGAAGGUUUGAAUCAAGUGCUUCUCUGAGUCCUUUCUGUGCCUCUUUUGUGGAUAGAAACUAGGUCAGACUGGAGCUCAUCUUAUGAGGAAUUCUACAUAAAAAUUGUGUUAUUGAUUCCGGCCAUUGGAUCUUUAAUUGGCUUUGUAUUUCUGAUAAAAAUAGUAAUUUCGAAAUUUGUCAGAAGAAAGAAAACAAGGAAGCAUAAAUUGCCUGAAACCCUCUCAGUCCAUCCUAAGAGCCAGAUUAAUUACAAAAUAGAAGAACAGAAAGAGCCUGGACCUCCAGUUUCUACAUCCAAUUUUAAGCUGAACAAUUUCUAG